UAAUAAUAACGAUUUUUUUAUUUUUUUUAAUACUCCUUAGCAAGACUUUCUCUCUCCUUGAAACCUUUCAAAGCGUAGGUUAGCGUUGUUUGCUAACUUGCUCGUCUGCCAUUAAUCAUGGCCAAACGACGAAGACCGAGAAAUGCUCCUAUUCAGCAAUCGACGCAAAAGAUAACUCCGGUUACUUCUAUUGCUCAACGGAGCAAUUUGGGGAAGAAUGGGUCUUCAAGUGCAAGUGCAGCUGCUAGCAUUGGUUUGAUUGGAAGCUUGGCGGAACCCCAAAUUCUGGUGGAGGGAGGGUCUGAUACGCAUAUGGUUUUUGCGACAUCUGGUCGUCCGGUGGUGAAUCGACGGUUGGUAUUGGAUGACACCCUAGGCCAAGCAACACCUAAAAUUUUGGGGAACAAUCGAUCUGCUUUGAAAGUGUUGGUUGCAGGGCCUGGUGGGAUGAUUAUCGACAAAAGGCUGAGUAUGACUGGAUCCCGAGCUUUUGCAAGAAAUGUCAAAUAGUUGGGCAUGAUUGUUUGAAAAUGCAGGAAGGGGAGAAGAAGCUACCUAAAGUGCGGAUCAGUGGGUGUUGCUGAAGUUGUAGUUGAUAAACAAUCAAUCAUUGAGCCUGUUUGGUUUGUUCCCACAAGAUCUGUUGGUAAAAUGAUUAUGGGCAGCACCAUUAUUCUUGUGUCUACUAACAACAAGUAUGAUCAAUUAAUUUACGAUGAACCAGUGAUUGUACUGGUGGAGGAGCAGUGUAGUAAAGAUGAUGGAAUGGUCAAGGUCCAUAUCCCAUUGGUCUCCUCAUGAAGCUUAUAAUGUUAAAUUUUAGGGGGUGCAAUAAACCCUUUAAGCAAAAGGAGAUUAAAAUCGUUUUGCAAAAUAGUAAGGUUGAUUUGUGUGUUCUUCUUGAAACUAGAGUUCAAAUAGGAAAGUUCACUAAGAUCUUUUCAAUAGUGUUUAGGGGUUGGAAAUGUGAAAAUAAUUAUGAUUUUCUACUAAUGGUAGGAUUUGUCUCUGUUGUAACUUUCAUAAGGUGAAUGUGGAUGUUUGUGCAGGCCCAAGCCAUUAACUAUGUGGUGAGGGAUUUGAUGGUUGGAACGGUUUUUGAUCUGGUGGCGGUCUACGAUUUUAAUAAUAUAGAUUUGAGAAGAGAUGUUUGGAGUUUCAUAGGUAGUGUUUAUGUACAAGUGACUACUUCUCUUCAGCUCGGAGGGGGGGGGAUUUUAAUUCUGCCCUUUGUGUAGAGGAUAGAAUCAAUGGCAAUCCUGUUUCAGAGAAUGACAUAAGGGACUUUACGCAGUGUUUGCAGGAUAAUAA